AUGGCGCCUGCCGAUCCUCCUCCUCCUUCCCUCCUCCGCCUCCGCCCCUUUCUGUUCGUCGUCGUCCUCCUUCUCUUCCUCCUCCCAAUCACCGCCCACGCCCGGCAGCUCUACGUCAACAACAAGCAGCUCGACUGCUACGCCACCAACGACUUCUCCACCCUCGGCUACUCCUGCGCCGCCGCCGAUGUCGCCGCCGCCGGCCCCAAUUCCUGCAACUCCUACCUCACCUUCCGCUCCCAGACCAACUAUCAGACCCCCGCGGCCAUCGCCCGCCUCCUUCGCAGCGAUUCCGCCGCCAUCGCCCGCAUCAACGGCGUCGCCGACGCCGACCCGAUCCCACUGAACUCUCUCGUCAUUGUCCCCGUCGACUGCUCCUGUACGGGCGGCAAGUUCUACCAGUCCAACACCAGCUAUGUCAUGAAGAACAACCGCGAGACUUACCUCACCAUCGCCAACGACACCUACCAGGGUUUGAGCACCUGCCAGGCCCUCAUGGCCCAGAAUCCUGACCACGAUAGCCGGCGUCUCGUCGUGAAUCUGGAGCUGGUGGUUCCUCUGCGCUGCGCCUGCCCCAGCUUGAACCAGAGCGCCGCCGGAGCUAAGUACCUGUUGAGCUACCUGGUCACCUGGGGUGACACAAUUGGGGACAUCGCCGCUAAAUUCGACGCCACAAAGCAGGUGGUGCUCGACGCCAAUAACCUGAAUACCUCUGAUACUAUUUUCCCCUUCACCACCAUCUUGGUCCCGUUGAAGACGGAGCCCACCAAACUGGAGGUGAUUCCUUCCCCACCGCCUCCCCCGGUGGCCGAGAGUCCAGCCGGCGGAGAAGGAGAAGGAGAAGGUGGGUCUGGUAAGAGGCCGAUCAUCGUCGGAGUCGGAGUCGGUGCUGCGGUGUUGGUCCUCCUUUCCGGGUUCCUCGCCGUCUGGUUCGUCUCUCACCGGCGGCGCCGCCGGAGAUUCUACCAGGAAGAGGAAGGUGGAAAGAGCCUGUCGAAGUCGUCGCCGCCGCCCCAUCAGAAGAUGCUCGAUUCGCUGACGGUGUACGCCUUCGAGGAUCUGGAAAAGGCGACCGGAUCCUUCUCCGAGGAGCGGCGGAUCAAGGGGUCCGUCUACCACGCCAUUAUCAACGGGGACAGCGCCGCCGUGAAGAGGGUCAAGGGGGACGUAUCGAGCGAGAUCAACAUCCUGAAGCAGGUCAACCACUCCAACGUGAUCAGGCUCUCCGGGUUCUGCCACAACGAGGGGAGCACCUACCUCGUCUACGAAUUCGCAGAGAAGGGCUCGCUCGCCGACUGGAUCCACAGCGCCGCCGCCCAGAAGGAGCUGAGCGCCGGCGAUCACCUGGACUGGACGAGGAGAGUGGGGAUCGCCUGCGAAAUCGCCGACGGGUUGAACUAUCUCCACAACUGCACUAGCCCGCCAUACAUCCAUAAGGACCUGAAGAGCAGCAACAUUCUACUGGACGGCGAGUUCACAGCGAAGGUGGGCAACUUCGGCCUUGCCCGGCCGGCGGCGGAGGAAGACGGCGCCAGCGCGCAGCUGACGAGACACGUCAUGGGCACGCAGGGAUACAUGGCCCCCGAGUACCUCGACCAUGGGCUCGUCUCCCCGAAGCUCGACGUCUUCGCCUUCGGAGUGGUCCUCCUGGAGCUCCUGUCCGGCAGGGAGGCCGUCUAUCCUGAUUCCGCCGGAGAGGGAAAGAGAGACUGCUUGCUGUCGGCGGCCGUCGCCGGUGUCCUCAGCGGAGAAGACGUGAGAGAGAAGCUGAAGAAUUUCAUGGAUCCUCGUCUGCAGCAGGAGUACCCCUUCAGCAUCGCCUUCGCCAUGGCUCAGCUCGCCAUGCGCUGCGUGGCGGAGGACCCCAACUCUCGCCCAAACUCCGGGGAUCUCCUAGUGGCGUUGUCUGCAAUCCACCGCAGUUCCCUGGACUGGGAUCCGUCGAACCUGUCCCACUCCGGCUCCAUCUCCGAUGACUUCUGA